AUGGUCACAUCUUGGUCUCCUGAGAAGCAGGACGUUUUGGAACUUUUCGUCCAAUCAAAAAAAGGCCUGACCGAGACUCUUCGCCACCGCGCAGCUCUUGAUGGAUACGCGUCUGUGACGGCGUUUGUUGGCGGGCCAUAUGGAAUAAGCAAAUGUAUAGACCAAUACGAGUGCGUAUUAGCGAUUGCCACCGAUUUCGGCAUAGCCGGGGUCGUAUCUUAUCUGAAAAAACUUCUUUACGGAUACAAUACCUGUACAUCACAUGUUCGUCGGGUAAACUUCGUUUGGCAGGUCCAGACACUAGAUAUUGCAGUGGCUGCUGAGCCAUUGCUCAACAGUUUAUUGAGUGAUGACAUUUUGGACAAUGGUUAUGUAGGUAGCACAUUCUUGUCGAAAUUUCAGUCCGCUGAUCUUGUGCCAGAUACUUGA